CCCACGCGAAGGGACGUCUGUCGGUCGUCCUCCCGCUGUCGGGGUCAGUGCUCGCUUGUGUCGUGUUAUGCGGGGCGCGCGGCGGGUCUCGAACUGCCUGGCGUUGCGGUGCUUCUGCUUACACUCCACAGGGAUACCAGCGGCUGUUACUGGACCUGGACAAGCAACCCCAAGGCCACGCACGCACACACACAACGCACGCACACACAAACGCACAAUCUCCUGAACAGCCACACGAUGAAGAGCGACAGUGUGACAGACGCGAGCACCUGACGGAGGCCCAGGAGGAGGGAGCGACACCUGACACUGGGAGAAAGAAAGACACACACUGGGAGGGAAAAGGGAAGGAAAGAAAGAGAAAGAGAAGACAGAACUAACAAAGAACUUGAUAUGUGAUGCUUCUUUUCCCUCCACCGACAACAAGAACGACAUGAGGAGGUGGAGGAGGAGGAGGACAAGUUGAUGAGUGAGCUGAGGAAGAGGACUCAGUGAAGACGAGAAGAGAGGGAGAGACAAAAGAGGAAAGGACAGAAAGACUAACACUCAUUUCUUUUGUUGUUCUCGUUGGUGUUAAGUCAAGAGGGAAUGAGAGGAAGCUUAUCAACCUCCCCCUCGUCCCUGCCCUCGUCCCCACCUUCGUCCCCACCUUCGUCCUCGUCCCCAAUCACUCCCUUAGACUUCCGGCGAGUCCUGCUGAGCCCUGAGUGACAGUCUGGCCUCAACACAGCAGCAGUCAUCCCUCAACACCUUCCUCCCUGGCCCACAGACUCCGGACAUCCCAGGAGGAGCGGGACGGGCCCACUAUCCUCUCCAUCCUCUCUCCGGCGCACGAGUCGAGGCAAAAACAGGAAGGCUCACAGUGAUAAAAGGUGAAGCGUCGCGGGACAGUAAGGAGUGUCUCAACAGGCGCCAGGACAGUGUGUGAGUGUGACUGUGAGAGUGAACCGCCGCCCACACAUCCACGCCCAGAUAUCAUAUAUACCGUGGGCGUGAGUGCCGCAGACCCACGUCCUCGCCCUUUCAGUGGCAGGGUGAGCGUGUUUGGGCGUUGGACAAGUCAUAUCAUCACUACCUCCUCCGCCACCACCACCGCCACCGCCUCACCAUGAAGACCCUCUACCUGAUGGUGGUGGGCGCCGUGCUGGGUGGCGUGGGCGUGAGUGGGUACAGCCGCACGCCCACCCAGUACCACAUUCAGACGGACGAAGGACCAGAUCGCUACUUCAGGUUCCAGACAUACACGGGGCAGUACCGCAAGGAGAAACGCCUGGACGACGGCACUGUGUUCGGCACCUACGGCUGGGUGGACCCCAACGGCUUGCUGCGCCUGUUCGACUACAUAGCUGACGAUGACGGGUACCGCAUCGUACGACAACGUAGACUGCAGGUGGGCAAGGUGAACCCCGCAGCCCACCAGCACCUGGCGGACCGACAACCAUGGAACCCUAACUACCGGCCGAAGGGGCAGCAGCAGAGCCAGCAGAGCCAGCAGGGACAUCAACAGCACUCAUGGGAACCAACCAAACAACCACAAAGCCAACAACAACAACAACAACAACAACAACAACAACAACAACAAGGACAGCAGCAACAACAACAGCAACAACAACAAGAACAGCAACAUCAACAGCAACAACAACAACAAAAGCCGUGGCAACAACAAAAACCACAAAAGAAGCCAUGGCAACAACAGCAACAACAGCAGCGGCCGUGGCAGCAACAACAACAACAACAACAACAACAACAGCAGAGCGCUUCGCAAAGUCAGAGCCAAACAGGUGGCGCCUUCGAAGGCAAGGAUCCCGCGGAUACCAGUGACAUGCCCAGCGGCGGCACCUUUACCAUUAACUACGAUCUGGGUAACCAGUUUCACGUGGAGAAGCUCUACGCCGACGGCAGCAGGAUAGGAAGGCACGGCUACGUGGACCCCCUGGGCAUCCUGCGCGUGUCCUACUAUUCAUCGGGACCAAACGGACUGGACCAGCGGCAAGAGAGUCGGUGGGUUGGCUCUCGGCAUGCUUACGCUUCAUAGGGCGGCCCUGUCUCCUGCAGGUUACUGGCGCCGCUUCAGGAGGCUGACAUGCAUUGGUGCCAAGGGAUGGAAGUGUGUAGUGAAGCACGUUACAGAACACAGAACACAGCGUGAAGCAAACACCCGCACCGCAGGACGGGCAUUCCCGCAGCAGGAACACAGUGACUAACUCUGCUAAACCAUUAACACCAAUGCUCCAACAGUGACGCGGGGCGGUGCAGGGCAACAAGACACUCCCGGUGGUUGUUGUGGACACUCGCCGCGGCGGUGCAGUGUUGCUGUGGAGACAUUCAUACACUUGCCAGGGUGCCGUACUAACACCCUCUAAACACUAACACACCAAGCCACUCAUGACAUAACGUGACACUCUCGGUAAAAGACAUGAUGUGCCAAGUUAUUAUCUCCCUGUCUGAGUGAACGUCUGAAGUCUGGCGCAGCACACAAACCUAUACUAGUCUAGGCUUAAAAUUUUCAUUUUCUAUAAAUAAUUCAGAAAAUGGAUGUUGGGUGGACUUGUAUAACUCAACACGGCUGACCAUUAUUAAAAGUUUUCUACAUUAGGAUGUGGUGCUAGACUUCAGAUGGUUCAAACACAAACAAACAAACAAACACACACACACACACACACACACACACACACACACACACACACACACACACACACACACACACACACACACACACAUGCAAUUAUUACACACAUGCAUGGAAGAACGAAAGUCUACCCGGGCAUAACAGUUCUUCCUGUAUAUUCAGUAAACCGAGUGUAUGAAACGAAUGGAUGUGUGGAUUUCAAAUAUAUAUAUAUAUAUAUAUAUAUAUAUAUAUAUAUAUAUAUAUAUAUAUAUAUAUAUAUAUAUAUAUAUAUAUAUAUAUAUAUAUAUAUAUCCAUCCGGUGAUACGUUGGUUACUCUUAAGGUGAAGUGCCGUGAGAUGAGAUAAGAUGGCGAGUAAUAUGUUGUAAGUUAUGUCGGAUGAAAUCCCAACACUGUCAUCAGUCUUAGUUUAUUAGUCAGUGCAACUGAAGCAAUAAUCUUACAACGUGCAAACACUACAAAAGGGCGCCGCUUGUUAUCUGGGCGUGAGAGGCGGGCGGCCAGGCACUAUUGCCCUGACCUGCUAAUGAGUGGGCAGCACCCAAUGCUCUGUUCUAUCGUGAGAUCACAGGAGCCUCGCCGUGGCCAGCCGCCUGCUGGUCCCCGAGGCUGCACCUGCAUCGCACACUGCACCAGCAGCUGCCACUCGCCAUGUUGCCUGAAGUCAAUGGCGCCAACAUGCCAUACUCCUUAGUGACUCAGUAUAGUACACACACACACACACACACACACACACACACACACACACACUCAGUCCUACCCGAAGAUCGGUCUAUGAGCUCUGAGCUCGCUCCGUAAUGGGGAGACUGGCUGGGUGACCAGCAGAUAACCUUGGUGAAUUACACAUGCGGUUCUUAAAUAAAUACAAAAAUUUAUUUUCAUCAUCAGGUAUACGAUAUCGGUGCAGUCUGCACAUGUAUAGCAUGUUGCGGCGGAGUACAUUGUUUUAUUACCUUGGCCGUGUUGUGUCGCGAUACUUUGCUGACUGGUCGCCCUCCCUAUGCUGGCUGUAGUGCCAUCACAGUUGCAACACUGUGUUAGCUAUGUCUACCCUGUACCUUUGACACCUGGACCUUCAGACCACCAGUGCUGCUGUCGAGGUUUCCUCCAGCAGCCUGGCACCUUCAAGUACACCCACACAACAACAAAGAUACACAUUUUUAGCUUUUUUCUUUUAUCAAAAUGGUCUACGUCUUCCUUAAUAAAAAGAAAUCGUUUCGUUCGUUUACUGACCGAGACCGUCAAAUCUUGAUGAGGACACGACCUCGCGUCUAAAUCGGCUGACUGUUCUCCCUCCUACAGUUAUGGCAUCGUCCUCUCUCGAAAGGGAGAUGAGAAGUGUGUGUGUGCCGGGGAUAACAGCUUGCCAUGAGGCGGCAAUGUUAUUUCUAGUUCAGUAAAUAUUUGUACAUAAAAUGCUGAUGAUUAAUUCUAAAGUUGCUUCCGCUGUGUGCAGAAAGCUUCGUAACUGUUAUAUGUGGCGGCCACAGAGUUCUACCCUUCCCCCAUCACCCAGCACUGAUUUCAUUAUCAAGAGGAUUUAGCAAAAUAGUGAAAGUCGAAGAAUUGUUGCUGCAUGACUGGCCCGCAUCAAGGCUUCCCUAACACUCACCACGCCGCCUGCUGCCAUGCGCGUCCCGACAGACCUGGUUCCCUUAACUAUGUUAUGGUUACUUUCAUCGAUUUCCAAAUGAUGAUACAUUAUAGACUGUUUGAUCUCUCAUGUUCUCAAGAAACACUAAAAUACUUUCCUCUGAAGUCAGCUUUGGUUAAGAAGCGCAUGGGCGGCAGUCUGGUGACGGGCAGGCAGGCCGCCCCGCCCAGGGACCACGGAGCGUGGCCGAACCUUGAGUCAGGCUCUUCGUACCCAGGGAAAACAGCAGCGAAGCCUCUCGCUAUACAAGGAAAUAACGAAGCCUCGAGGUUAAUCACCUGUAAUGGCAACCUGAGGAAGAGAAGGGGCUGGUCUUGGAGGGGGUGACCGGCCAGGUGUGUCCACCACUAACUGUGAUAAUUAUUGUUCUUCACAACAUUAAACUUGUACAAAAGAGGAUGGAUUAAAAGAGACCAAGACCUUUUA